UUUAAAACGUAACAUGUGUGCAUAAAUUUUUGAUGAAUUAUUUUUGUAUAUGUGUGAAACUGUAUAACAAAACAUGUAUUCGCACUAGAAAACGCAUGCUUGUUGAAUAUCGCUGUUACGCUUGGUUCUGAAGGCUUCCACGGAACUUGCCGCUGCCAGAAUCUAACUCCAUAAGAUUAUCAGACAAAUUCGUCUUCUUCAACCUCAACGCAGAAGCAAAAUCACUUAAACAGGCUUUCUCACUGUGUUUAUAAUUCUAUCUCUUCCCUCCUCUACCACUCAAUUCGAAACUUAAUCAAUCUCGACUUCCACUGCAAGAUGAGGAAGGAAGAGACUGUGAAACUAAUCAGCGCCGAGGGCUUCGAGUUCGUGAUCCACAAAGACGCCGCCAUGGUCUCUCAGACCAUCCGAAACAUGCUCACUUCUCCAGGGAGUUUUGCUGAAACGGAACACGGCGAGGUGACGUUCCCUGAGAUCAGCACCACCAUUCUUGAGAAGAUCUGCAAGUAUUUUUACUGGAACCUUCAAUAUGCAAGUGGGAAGCAGACCGAGUUUCAUAUUGAACCUGAAUUGGUUCUGGAGUUGAUGAUGGCAGCCAAUUAUCUCCAUACAUGAUCAUGCCAUCUCCCUUGGGUGACCAAGUCCUAUUUAACAUUGAUUGCCCAGGAAGAUGUCCAAGGAUGUGAUCGUUACCUGAGAGGGCGUGAAAAGCAUAGGAAAUCUGCUUUGGUGUCAAGCACUGGAUUCUCUCCUAGACUGCAAUGUAGUAUAUAUAUAAGACUAUUGUAGUCAAAUUCAUGCAGUUAUAACUUAUAAGAUAUUGUAACAUUACUUUCGAGACAUUAAUGAUUAGUCUCAGCAUCAUCACCAUAAGUAGAAUACUUUUUGCAAGUUGUUUUCUAUGUGUACUCAAUUCUCAGAGCUGAUGUAAGUUAGUUGUGCUUGUUGGCAAGGCAAGGAGAUAAGUACAGUGACCUCUCGUUAUUGAUAUUCUUGGAGAUAUAACAUCCCACAUACUUUAUUUAGAGUGAA